CACGGUUAAAAGUCCUUAACCUUGGUUAACUCUCUGCCUGACUAUUUAAAAGCCCAAAACAAAAGCCCACCCUCCCAAAAUACCAUUUCACUUGCAGCCAACGAAAACAGGACCAGAACACUCCCCCAACCCCAGACAAGAUCAAGAACGGAGAGACGAAGCAAAGCCAGAGGAGAUAACGAAUAGCGAACAGGAAAGAAGAACCAGGGAAUCAACAAUGGCAAUGUUCAUCGAUGAUGAAGAAGUCUGGAAAUGUCGGAAGCACCCUUCCAAGCGUCGAACUACUGGUGUCUGCCCCGUAUGCCUCAGAGACCGCCUCAUCAGUCUCUGCCCCGACUGCGCCAACGUGCGCCCCUGCACUUGUUGUCCUACUUCUUCCUCUUCCUCCUCGUCAUCCUCGUCGUUCUUCUCUCGCUCGUCAUCCAAGUCUAGCAACGGGAUCGGAGCCAUCGGCCGCAUGUCAAAUCUCAUUGACAGUGAACCCGCCUUCCGACGGUCAAGAUCCGCCGCCUUUCCAUUUCUCCGGCGAAGGCUGGACGAUAAGGAUGACUCAGCAGCCAGGCUUCCCCCCUCGGGGCCCCGGAGCAGGCCGUCGUUUUGGUCGGUUUUCAAGGGUAACAAGCCGAAGAAACCGGACGAAGUCAAACAAGUUGCACAAGAAGACGAGAUGAAGAAGAAGAUGAUGAGGUCGAGGUCCGUUGGGUUCUCUCUUUACCCACGUUCCGUCGGCGCUGGUUCCGGCGGUGAUGAGAGAUUGAAAGCUAAGGGUUGGUAUUUCCCGAGCCCGAUGAAGGUUUUCCGGCAUCAUAAGACGCCUAAGGUUGUUCAAGAACGGUCGCCGCUGUGCAGGGGCUGAGGCUCAUCAUCAUCAAGAAAAUCAAGAAAAUAAACAUGAAAAUAUCUGUAUGUUUUAUUUUCUUUAUUUUCUUCUUGUUAAUUUUUUGAUAAAAAAAUUUAAUUUUUGUUAUUAAGGUGAGAGAUUCCAGAUUGUAAAUGUUCUCUUCGCCUCUUCGAUACAUCAUUAACAAAGGUUUGGAUUUUUUUUUCUUA